GACGAAGUGCUUCUUUCUCCGCUAGGUACGCAGCUCGGGGCCGCGGCUUGCUGUGCUGCUGAGCUGCCGAAUCUGGCGCUCGGACCUGCGGAUCUCGGCGAGAUUUCGCGUUACCAGGCUUGGGCCCUUUCAUCGGUAAACAGUAGCGGAUCACUUUGUCAAGCAGCAGCAAGAACAAAGGAAUCGAGAAGGAGACGCUUGGCGCCCCGUCUCUUUGUUCCGAGCGGCUUUCUCUUCCGUUUGCUCCGGCCCGGAGAAGCUGAAUUUAUAAUCGUCACUGGAUUUGACCUCAACUUUUUAGUGCAACAAGUGUUUAUUAGAGAAGACAAAAAUCACAAAGAACUAAAGAUGAGUAAAAGCAAAGAUGAUGCUCCUCAUGAACUAGAGAGCCAGUUUAUCUUACGCCUACCUCCGGAAUAUGCCUCUACUGUGAGGAGGGCAGUACAGUCUGGCCAUGUCAACCUGAAAGACAGACUGACAAUUGAAUUACACCCUGAUGGGCGUCAUGGAAUUGUCAGAGUGGACCGGGUCCCAUUGGCCUCAAAAUUGGUAGAUCUGCCGUGUGUUAUGGAAAGCCUGAAAACCAUUGAUAAAAAAACUUUUUACAAGACAGCUGAUAUCUGUCAGAUGCUUGUAUCCACAGUUGAUGGUGAUCUCUAUCCUCCUGUGGAGGAGCCAGUUGCUACUACUGAUCCCAAAGCAAGCAAGAAAAAGGAUAAGGAUAAAGAGAAAAAGUUUAUCUGGAACCAUGGAAUUACCCUGCCUCUAAAAAAUGUCAGAAAGAGAAGGUUCCGGAAGACAGCAAAGAAAAAGUAUAUUGAGUCUCCAGAUGUGGAAAAAGAAGUGAAGCGGUUGCUGAGUACAGAUGCUGAAGCUGUUAGUACUCGCUGGGAAAUAAUUGCUGAAGAUGAAACAAAAGAGACAGAAAAUCAAGGCCUUGAUAUCUCUUCUCCAGGAAUGUCUGGUCACAGGCAGGGCCAUGACUCAUUAGAACAUGAUGAGCUUCGGGAGAUAUUCAAUGACCUCAGCAGCAGCAGUGAAGAUGAAGAUGAGACACAGCAUCAGGAUGAAGAAGAUAUAAACAUUAUUGACACUGAGGAAGAUCUGGAGAGACAGCUACAGGACAAGCUGAAUGAAUCAGAUGAACAGCACCAAGAAAAUGAAGGAACCAGUCAGCUGGUAAUGGGAAUUCAGAAACAGAUUGAUAACAUGAAAGGCAAGCUCCAAGAGACCCAGGACAGGGCAAAACGACAGGAGGAUCUUAUCAUGAAAGUGGAAAACCUGGCUCUCAAGAACAGAUUUCAGGCUGUGCUGGAUGAACUCAAGCAAAAGGAAGAUCGAGAAAAGGAGCAGCUCAGCUCUUUGCAAGAAGAACUGGAAUCACUCCUAGAGAAGUGAGAAGAACUUUGAUUCUUUAUUUCCAAUCUUCAGACUAGUUUAGCAUUAGAAAAACCUUGGCUUCCUCACUUAGACUGGAUAUUAAGACUUUGCAGUAGUUCUUAUUCUUGUUAAUGCUAGAAGUUCUGUUGAAUUAUCUCAUUUGUUUUUCAGAACCACUGUGCUAGGUGUUCAUCCUACAGGAAGUAGGAUUGUUUAGGCAGAAAAAUGAUUGGAGGAAAGUUGUAGGAUUAGUAGAAUGAACAGUUCAACCAUAGUAAUCAUAGCUUUACUGCAGGACUUUGAUAACUCUUUCUCCAUUUGCCAGAAGCUGCUGUUGCUGCUCUGUGAUGCUGUCUGAGAUCAAUAAGAAGAACCUAGUCUGGAGGAUAGUGAAGCUAGUUUGCAUGUUUUCCCAUGCAGCAGCAAUUUCCUACAUGUAGAGAUGUAAAUCAUUUCAUAAAGUUGUCUCUAACAAUAAAUAAAAGCAACUAAUUUUCACCUUA